AUGGAAACUACAAAAACGCAUGCAAACUUUGCGCUACCUUUCUGCAGAAGCAGCCAGCACAUGCGCUCGUUCGAGCGCUUCACGCUAUUGCGCUGGAGCGCUGCGGUCGGAAAGACGAGGCGGUGCAGCUCUGCCAAGAGACUGUCAACGCCGGUGCUGCGGCCUCCAGCGGAGCUGCGUUCAUGGACGAGACCUGUCUCAACACGCUACAGGUGGCUUUCAGACGCUGCAGGAACUGGGAGGCUGUCGCUGAGAUGUACGAGGCUGCCUACAACAGGGAGCCGGACAUGGAAGAGUAUGGAUCGUUUCUCUUCUACACGUACAAUCGCUUGCAUCAGUUUGCAAAGGCGCAGCAGGUGGCUACCAAGAUGUACGCCAAGUUCAAGAAGGUUCAGCACCUUCUUUGGGUCAUUUCCAGCAUUCUUCUGCAAGUUCGUUUCGGUGGGCCGCAAAAGAUGUUGGACCUUGCAGCGAUGA